CGUGUAUAAGGCGCGCGAAGGGUGGGCAUGAGAUUACCCCGCGCGGCUUUUCCAUCAGACAAAUCGCGACACUUCGAGCAAAACGAGCAUGCUCGGCCAUCACCACUGCAGCAACGCACCAAUAGAUAUAGGAGACGAAUGCGAGCGACCUUCGUAACCCACGUCCGCGCCCCACGCUGCAUCCACCACGCUCGAGAGUCGACCACAUCCGCCAGUGCACACCCCGCCAUGUCCAACCCAGUGCGCGAGAUUCAAGGCGUGGGGGGCCCGAUGCCUGCAAUCCCGGACGACUUGACGAUCGUGCAGUUUAUGCUGGACCGCGCGAAUGAGCAUCCGAGCAGGCCAGAUGUGGCGAGGAGAGAGGAGCACCCGUGGAUGAUUGAGAACGGGACGGGCAGGAAAGUCUUUGUCAAGGAGCUGCGGUACCGCACAAAUGCACUCGCCAAUGCUCUCCGCCGCCGAUGGAAUGUCGUGGAAGAUGAUGUCGUGUGCUUAUUUAGCCCGAAUCACGUCGAUUAUCCCGUGAUGGUCUGGGCCGUCCACAGACUCGGCGCAAUUGUAACCACCGCCAACCCCGCAUACACCGCCUCGGAGCUCGUCCAUCAGCUCAAAAUCACCAACGCGCGCCUCAUCCUCGUUCACUCCGCUCACUACGCCGUCGCCCUCGAGGCCGCGCGCACAGUCGGCAUCCCCGAGGCGAACAUCAUCCUCGUCGAGGGCUCAACAGGUAAGGCAGCGACCGUCCCGGAGCUCAUCGAGGAGGGCGCGCGCGCGCCGAAGGCAUAUGAGGAGCGCAGACUCGCGCCUGGGGAGGCCAAGACGAAGUUGGCGUUCUUGAACUUCUCGAGCGGGACGACGGGCCUGCCGAAGGCGGUUAUGAUCCAACAUUAUGCGCUCGUCGCGAAUGUCUUACAGAUCGCGGCGUAUGCGAACGCGGACACGAAGCCGUGGGAGCGGAGGACGUUCCGUUCCGGGGACGUUUUUCUCGCAGUGCUGCCGUUCUACCACGCGUACGGCCUCGCGUAUAUCAUGCAUUUCGGCUUCUUCUACGGCAUGCCCCUCGUUGUGGUCCCAAAGUUCAACUUUGUGGAUAUGCUCCGUAGCAUCGAGCGCCACCGCAUCAACAUGCUCCCGACCGUCCCACCGAUAGUCGUGCUGUUCUGCAAGCACCCAGAUGUGAAGAAGUACGACCUCAGCUCGGUACGGGUGAUCAUGUGUGGCGCAGCGCCGCUCUCAGGCGAGCUCAGCGACCAGCUCGCCGCGGAGGUCUUCCAGGACGUACAGAUCGGGCAGGGCUUCGGCAUGACCGAGACGUUCACGAUCGUCGCCCUCCCGCGGCACGACCAGGUGAUCGGCACGCCAGGGAGUGCAGGGGUGCUCAUACCUGGGAUCACCGCGCGUGUCGUGCGCCCGGAUGGGAGCGACUGCGCUCCGGACGAGCCGGGCCAGUUCGUUCUGACGGGCCCGGCGAUGGCGCUUGGGUAUUGGAACAACGAACAGGCGACGAAGGAGACGUUUGUGGAUGGGUGGGUGUACACGGGCGAUGAGGUGACGAUCAAUGACAGGGCGGAGCUGUUUGUCGUUGAUAGGAUCAAGGAGCUCCUAAAAGUCCGCGGCUUCCAGGUGGCGCCUGCGGAGCUCGAAGGCUUCCUGCUCACGCAUCCGGACGUCUCGGACGCGUGCGUCGUCGGCCUCCCUGACGACUACCACGGCGACCUCCCGCUCGCAUUCGUCGUGCCCAGCGUCAGCGCGCUCGAGCGUAUCAAGAAGGACCCUGCAGAGGGGGAGCGCGUCAAGGCCGCGCUGAUUAAGUACGUCGCGGACGGGAAGGUAUACUACAAGCAGCUCUCUGCGGGCGUCGAGUUUACGGAUGUGAUACCGAGAAACCCGAGCGGGAAGCUGUUGAGGAGGUAUUUGCGCGAUAAGGCGAAGGAGUUGCGUGGGGUGGGACAGAAGGCAAAGGCGAAGGCGAAGCUGUGAGGCCUUGAGGGCUCAGGAAGCUGGUGCGUGCGCGAGUUGGGAUGCUGUAUAGAGCGUAGAUGUCUGUCUUGGGUUAUGUUUGUGUUUGGUCGUUGUGCUUGGAUCUGUGAUGGAUAUUUCUUCCGUUGUCUAUAAUACAGUGUCCAUCGGUUGUUUGAGUCUCCCGUGCACGGCUGCUCUCAUGCACGUAGUGCCACCUACCUAUAAUCAUUCAAGAUGACAAGAGUAAUCCAUGUCGGUGUCCUG